CACUAGGCUGAGGUUGGAGUCAAAGGGCGCAGGCUCUCUCCUGCGUGGACGGAUGGAGGAGGAGGUGAUAGCUGUGCUCUAGGGACUAAGCGAGGGCGAAGGAGGAGAAGGAGGGGAAGGAGGAGGAAGGCUGGUAGGAGACGGAGCGGUCGCGGAGCUGGGGGCGAGGAAGGUCCAAGUACUGAGGCCCGCAGAGCUCUAGAUUCGGAGGGAGAGGGCCCGGGGAGCCACGAGCCGCCCGAUCCCGGAGGCUAGAAGGUUCCUGCACCUGAGUUUGAGAUGAUGGGACUAGGAAAUGGGCGUCGGGGGAUGAAGUCACCACCUCUCUUGGUAGCGGCUUUAUUAGCCUGUGUUAUCGUCUUGGGUUUCAAUUACUGGAUUGCAAGUUCCCGUAGUGUGAACCUCCAGAGUCAGAUCUUAGAGUUGGAAGGAAGAGUCCGAAGGGCAGCAGCAGAGAGGGGUGCUGUAGAAUUAAAAAAGAAUGAGUUUCAAGGAGAAUUAGAAAAACAGCGAGAGCAGUUGGACAAAAUUCAAUCCAGACACAACUUUCAGAUGGAAAAUGCCAAUAGGAUGUUCCAGGAUGAAAAGGCACUUUUAGUAAAUAACAUCACUGAAAGUGAGAAACUCAUCAAGAACCUGAAAGACUAUUUGAAAGACUUGCAGAAGAACUAUGGCAAGCUCCAACAAGACAUACUUCAGUUUCAGAAGAAUCAGACCAACCUGGAGAGGAAAUUCUCCUAUGAUCUGAGUCAGUGCAUCAAUCAGAUAAAAGAAUUGAAGGAACAGUGUGAAGAGAGGAUAGAAGAAGUCACUAAAAAAGGGAAUGAAGCUAUACUGUCCAGAAACCUAAGUGAAAGAAGUGAUCUGAAAAAUCAGCAAACUGUCAACCAUCAGCCAGAGCCCAAUCAACCUGAAUCGGAAUUGAAGGUGGUACAGCAUAAGGAAAAUCCAAUUCAUGAAAACCCCAUCUCUCCUUCUGAAAAGACCCCAAAUGUGAAACAAGAAGAAAAAGGAGGGAAGACCAAUGAAAUUUUGACUCCCAGUGAAGAGGAGGCUCAGAGGGAGAACCAGGGAAGUGAGCUGCUGCCUCCAGAGCAGAAUUCUAAACACGAAGACCAACAAAACGAGAACCCUGAACUCAGAGAAUCUGCUCAGGCCCAGAAAGGGCCAGGUGGUCUUCUGGUCAACCAUGAAAAUCUUGAAGCUGAUGAGCCAGAGAGGGAUGAACUCGUCAUUAGGGAAGAUGAACAACAUGGUGAGCAAGAGGAUGCUAAAAACGGAGUAAAUCAACCCAAACCAGAAAUUUCUGAAGAUUACAACAAUGAUGAAAAUGAAGCUGAAUCUGAAAGAGACAAGCAGGUGGCUCUCACAGACAUUAAUAACAAUCUAAAUGGACCAGAUACUGAUGAGAAGAUCAAAGAUACCAUGAAUAAUAACUUAGUUGAAGAACAUGAAAACAAGAAUUAAGCAAAGUGAAUCCAGAGUUAAAGAGAGAGCUCACAAUAGACAAUCCCUGUGACAAUGGAACACUCAUAAGUAUGAAGCAAUCUAAUGUGUGCACUGCGAGAUGUGUUGGGAAAUUUAAAAUGUACACAAGAUGCUAAUAAGAGAGGGGGGGAAUAAGAAUGUCAAAUGAUCAAACAAGAUUUAGGUUGGUUUGUUUUUUCCCUGGAAUCAGCUUCAAAAUUUCUAAACGGGUAUUUUUACAAAGGAAAAAUGGACCACUUUUUUUUUUCAUUGGAAAAAUGGAUAAUCCAUGAAAAGACUGUCCUUGAAAUAGCCUAGAAAUCAUAUUUCAGAUAUGACUUUUACUGUGAUAACAUGGCUUCAGUUAUUCUUAAAGGUUAUUAAAAACUGUGAUAAAAGUACAGCUCUUCUGGUCAUUAAGAAUAAAAUCCAUUCUGCUCUAUGGGACCGUCAGAGCUUGGUUCUUCCUUUUUUUUUUUUUUUUUUUUUGCUGUGGAGUCUGUUUCUCCUUUUAUUAUCCCUUGUCCCUCAAAUCUGUUUUCAAGGUAAGCAAUAUACAUAUUGAGGACUGGAUAACUGGCUGUCCUGCUUUGAGACAGAUGUACUUCUUGGUAAUUCUGAUAAUCAGAAUAGUCCUUAAAUACUGACUGUUAAUACACAAACCAUUACUAGCAACAUUUUAAAGCAAGACUAAAUGGACAUUUCUUGUUUUGGUUGUGUGCAUUAAAAAAAAAAUCAUGUAACACUUAAAAUGAUUGUAACUUACUUUGUAUGUAGGUAUAUUUCCUUUUCAAUUGGGAACUUCUCUAGUAAGUCAUUAUUGCAAGCAGAAAAUAUGAUUUAACAUAUAAACACAAUUGGAAUUGGAAUAUUUAUGGACAUUUUUGCAGCACAGGAAACAAAGACAGAAAUAUAGAAUUGUUACUAAAGUUACUUUGAUUUUGAAGUGAAUCCAUGCCUACUUGGGUUAAAACAAAUUUAAUAGAAGAUAUACUGUUCUGGAUUUGGGAAGGCUUAGAGAGAAAGGAAAAAUGAGCCUUUUUUUUUUGAUUCUACAUUUUACACAUUAGUUUGUAAGGGGGAAAAAUAACUCAUGAUGUACCAAAAUUUCUUCUGAUUUGAAUAACUUAAUUAUUUUGGAAAUGAAUUCACUUCUUUUGCAAUUUAAUAGUUAAAAAUCACUAUUUUGUUAGAACACAGACUGUGAACAUAGGUAAUAGAUUUGACAUUUGUGCCUAAUAUUUUAGGGAAAGAGGCGUCCAACAAAACUAUUUAUGAAAUUGCUUUUUGAAUGCAGAUGCUCAUAAUAUAAAAAUUUCUAAAUAUUACAUGGCAUUAUAUAAUAAAUUAAGAAAAUUGAGUUUGCCUUUAAGAUAUAGUUGGAAACAUAGUUUUAGAAUUGGAAGGGGGCCUUAGGGAUAAUUUCAUCCAUUUCCCUAAUUUGAAACACAAGCAAAUAGAACUUUAUUGAAAUUAAAUAGCCUUACCUAACGUUGCACAGAGCUACUACAAAACCCACAUCUCAUGAAUUGUGAUCCGGUGUUCUCUACAUUACACCACACUGCAUUGGUAAGGAUUAAUGUCACAGACGGUCAUGCUACAAAAUCUUUCUUGUUUAGUCUUUUAUAUUCCUCCAUUAACAAGACUGACCAAUUUUUAAGACCAGGAACUUACGAUGAAGUACUUCCACAAUUCCAUGGUUUUACAGACAUUAAUCCCUUGGUGACCAGCCUUGGGAUAAAGAUUGCACUUUGGAAGCAAGGCUGGUCCUAGAGAAUGACUGAGACUGGGGCUGAUCCUGUCAUUAUUAGCACAACCUGUCAGAACUUGUACCAUGUGGGUAAUAUAGCUUUUGAAUACUAGGCUCACCCUCCUGCCAUGAUAGGGAAAAAAAUCAGUAGACAGUUAAGACAAUUGAAGGGCAUACAAAUGGACUAAAAAAAAAAUAAGACCUUGCCUAAGCUCUUUGUGACUUUUAGUAACUUACUGAUAGAGAUGACAUAUAAAGUUUCUCCUGGCUUUGCAAGUGUCCACAAAGUCUCAUCCUGCUCUUCCUCAUGCAAUGAUACAUUCAGGGGUUGGAAAACAAAAUCAACCAUUGUCAAUUCAUCCACUAAAACCAUUCUGGUUGCCCAUAAUAGAAUCUGACCUGCCAUCAAAAAGGACAUUUGACAUGUUUUUGCCCUUGGUGAUGGGUCAUGGUUCGGACCGAAUUAUCCACGUUGAAUUCUGCACCCUCUUGUGGCCAUUGGCACAUAUGUAUGAGGCAGCAAGCUGUGGAGAGAAUUAUCCUCUCAAUAUAAUGUCAAAUAGGCAUCUAGUCAAUAGCACCACAUGCUAACCAGUUAAAAGAGUAGUUUUUCUAAGUAGCCAAUAAACUACUUGCCCAAGCACACUGUCAUUCACAGGAAUUUUUCUCCUUUACUACAAUUUAAGAAACUCAGUUUUCCCAAAAUAUGUUAUAUUAGCUUCAUCUAAUAUAAAGGCAAUAAGAAUGUUUAGUCUCCUUAGGGUUGUCUUUCACAAAAGAGAAUCUUAGGGUAAUUUCCCCUUACAACUUUAGCCAUGUGUGCUGACUUGUUAAGCAAAUUCUUUACAAGGGGUACCAUUAAUAAUUUUAUUGUGUUAGGUCCCUUCUAAAAUGAAGGGGAUAGGAUGUCGACAGACUUGACCUUUUGAAGUAAAUCACCAGCUUACCACUAUUACACAUUUUGAAGGAAAGAUACCUUUAGUGUUAUGGGGUUUUGGGAGGUGGGGGAAUAGGGUGGCAAUGGUGAUUCUUACUAUUUGUUAAUCAUUUGCUUGUAAUAAAAUUGGAAUGGUGAAAUUAAAUUGUGAAGAACUGUUUUUUAAAUCAUGUCAUUUGAGGUAGAUUAGAGCCAUUCCUACAGCUUUGUGUUUGUCUUAGAUUAGUUUAUAUUAUGAAAUAAUUGAAGGGAUAAUGUUUACUGAACUUGGAAAAACUCGUCUAACAUUUUUGUUUUAAAUGUUUGCUUUGAAAUUGCUUAACUUUAGAAAAAUAUUUAAUACUUUAAAAUAAAAAUGAAUUAUGUUCAGUA